CACAGAUGGACUGAAGUGAUUAGUACCGCACCGAUAUCUGGGUUCUCUUCACUUUUGUCUCCUUGAUUAUCACUUGCUUAAUUAAAAGGAUUUGCCAAACGAAACACCCAUACAUACCCUUAUUCUGCAGGACCAUCGGGUUCGUUGCUGAGAAUUAUUCAUCGCAAUCAUCCAUUGGACGAAGACACUUGAGAAAGCCAAACAGACGCGGAAGACUACGAGAAAAUCAGCCAACGGAUCUCAUCGCCUCUUCACAUCUUCCUUCAAAAUGUCAUCCGCUAGCUCAGCCGUAUCCAGCGCCUUCUCCUCCGCCACAGCCAAAGCCACCAGCAACGGCCCUAACGCAGGCAUGUCGACCACCGGAAUCAUCUUCACCAGCCUGGCCGCCAUUGUCACACUGCUCGCUCUGGUCGCUGGGACAAUCUACUUCACCGGCUAUGCGGACGACGUUGCUGAGUGGUGGGCCAAGCGGUACUACAAGGCCAAGGCCAUCGCCGAGGUCAAAGUUCUCGAGAACGUGGGAAGUGAGAAAGUCGAGGGUGCGCUGAAAGACUCGCUCAAGAAGAACCCCAUCAUGGGCGAGGACGAGCUCGACAAAGUGUCGGGCGGUUUGGGCAAGGAGGCAGCGGAGCAGGGUCUGGGCGGUGUCAGUGACAGGUUGGGUGGGUUGGGGAAGUUUUAGGAUUUCGGACUCAAACGAUAUGGAGCUCACCGUCCAAGGGAAUGGUCAUGUUAGGGGUCUUGGAUUGCAACGGCAACGCGUACAGAGAAUCGACAGACAAGGGAGCCGAAAGGAAUACAGCACACUCACUGCAAUGAUUAGCUGGGGGGACUAUUGAGUUAGAAGCAGCUCUCCGGAUCCAAGCAUAC